AUGCGUCUGUUCCGGUCACCGAUCAUCCUGCCGCUGCUGGUUCUUGUCGUUUUCACAGCAACUUGCGUUCUGGCUGUGCCGGCGGGUGACAACGGAAGCAGCAGCAGCAGCAGCAGCAGCACCAAGGGAAGGCUAGCCAAGCUGCUAGGACGUUUCAAGAAGAAUAAACCGCCCUCGCUCCUCGACCACCUGAACGCCUACAUGCCGGCGCACGAGUACGCUGAGCUGAAGCCGACGUGGGAUCGCGCAGUGGAGCAGGGCUGGAUUCGACCCGAUACUGGUACGUUGUAUAGAAAAAGGUCGAACGCAUUUGCGCGCAAGGCAGAACGACUGAUGACUGACGAGUAUUUUGGCGGGUUGUUUGCAACUAUCCGGCACAGGUGA